GUCGGACGUAUUUUGAUGCUGCACACGUGGGAACAACGAUGGCCACAUGUGGAGCAGAGAGUGAAGUUCUGGAUGAAAAAGAUGAUCCCGGUGCAGCACCGUACGGCAAUUUUAUAAACUAUUACACAUUCAACCCACCAGAGAACCGUCUAAGCCUCAUUCCGACAACACUUAUUCAGGAUUUGGGGUAUGGCAAGGAUAGCAGUGAAACCAUUUUGUUGCUGGAUGUCGGUUGCAAUUCAGGGGACCUGACAGUGGCAUUGUACAGACACCUUCAACAGAGAGUCUUGUCUGAAGACUCUACAACACCACCCGACACUGAUCUCCAACUCCUCGGCUUUGACCUGGACGAAUCCCUGAUCCUCCGGGCCCAACAGACCAACCCUUUCCCCCAGAGCAUCUCUUUCAUUCCCUUAGACAUCACUGAGGAUGCUUCUAGCCAGACCCAGCUACAGGACUACCUGAGACAACAUGGCGGCUUCCGCUUCCACCUCUCCCUGUGCCUGGCUGUUACCAUGUGGGUCCACCUGAACCACGGAGACGCUGCCCUACUGGGGCUCCUCUCCCGGCUGGCCUCCGUCAGCCAACAUCUCCUCCUGGAGGCCCAGCCCUGGAAGUGCUACCGUUCGGCGGCCCGGAGGCUGAGGAAGCUAGGGCGGUCUGACUUUGACCACUUCAAGGAGUUAAAGAUCAGAGGAGAUGUGGCAGAACGAGCCAGGGAACACUUAGAGAAACACUGUGGGAUGACACUGAUGCAGUGUUUCGGUAGUACCAGCUGGGAUCGUAGACUGCUCCUCUUUAGGAGAAGAGACACGGUUGACCUACAUUUAUCCCAGUAGAUAAAAUGACUGGACUUGUAGUAUAUGUUAUGAUGAUUGUCUUGAAGGAGUCAUCUGAAAACAUUUGAAAAUGUCUUCCUUGACAAUGAAGUGACAAGGUCCUAAGGAAAUAUGUAUCUGUGCAGUGAAGGAACUCCAGAUUCUGAUCUUUAAGUGCAGUGAAGGACCAGUAUGUUGUUUGCACACUAGGAGGCAAUAAUACUCUGUUACUACUUGUAUUACCACCAUACCUAGUCUAUGCUUUCAGCUAUGCAUUUAACUGAUCUUACUCGAUUUUCUUCUUAAUAGCGUAUAUGUUCUGGCAAACAAUUAUGAAUGAACUGUGUGUGUGUGUGUGUGUGUGUGUGUAUGAGAAAUGAAUUUAAUAUUUUAUUUUUGGCGAUGUUUAAAAAUAAGAAUGAAUAAAGCCCAUGAAUUUACUA